AUGGAAUUGUGGACGGUUGACAGCUACAAGAAGAAUUCAGGAGUUCCUAAAAUGAGGAAGCGGAAGAGGUUAACUUUGACUUGUACAAGUUGCAGGCAAAGAAAGAUUAAAUGUGAUCAAGGAAGACCAUGCUCAUCGUGCAUCAAAAGAAAGAUACCAGCAGAUAUGUGUAUCUACAAUGAUACUCCGUUUGUUAAUGAGAAUGGCUCAGAUUCCCCUGGUGGAGUAGCUGCAGAUGACUCUAAUGAGAAUAAUGUAAAGGCAUUGAAGGAUGAGGUUGAAUACUUGAAGAAACAAUUGGCUGAACUUCAACACAAUGGAGCUAAUUCAAAUACAUCUACUUCAGGAUCUACACCUUUCAACUCCACAAAUAAUCCCAAGUUGAAGCUUUAUGGUUAUCUCCAUUCUAAACCUAACAAAACGGUCCAUUUUGGUCCAACUAGUUGGAGGUCUCUAGUUGAUCGAGAGGAAAACUUCGAUGGAUUGAUUAAUGAAGCUAAGGAUUAUAUCAAAAAUGUGAGGAAAAAAUGGAAAUUUGAAAAUGACAUAAACAAAAUGUCCUCUGAUGAUUAUAAAUCCAUCAAUGUGGAGUCUCCAAUUAUGUUAUUAGAUAACUUGGCUCGUUAUUUGCCUUGUUAUGAAGUGGUUUCAAAUCAUGUAUCAAGGUAUGUUAAAGGUUAUUGGAACAGAAGAACACCUAUAAUCGAUAACGAUGAGUUUCUUAAAGAUUUUGAUGGAUUAUUUAGUCAAAUGAGUGAUGGCUCAUGUCACAUCAGAAUUAAAAACAAAAGCAUUGAUUAUGCAAAGAUAGCUUUAGUUUUAAUCGUUGUUAAACAUUCAAUGAAUACUGAAAAUGCUUAUAGUGCUAUACGUCAGGCUUAUGACUCAACUGAUAGGAUGUUACUAUAUGCAAACAAACUACUGGAGCUUUCAAAUUUUAUGUCAAAGCCAUCAAUUCCUGCAUUGCAGACGUUGAUUCUACUAAGACAAUUCAAAAUGAUCAAUCCAAGUGAUGAUGAUGGUGGAGAUGGUCACAAAGGUACACUUCAAUUCAAAACUGCAAUCAAUAUGGCAAUUGUGUUGGGUUUGCAUGGAGAUAUUGAUUCGAUUUAUCGUGGUUACGCUUUAAAUCUUCGGACGCUUUUGAAAGUAAUUUGGAAACAUCUAUUAUUUCAAGAUGCAAUUCUAUCAUUUCAUAUGGGUAUACCUUUAAGCAUCAACAAAAGCUUCAUUAAUCCUUCUGGUCUUGAUGAUAGUGAUGCAUAUGGUAAAGUGACAUCCUGUCUCCGAGAUGCUGUUGAUAGUCUGACUUCUAAUGAAUGCCGUCAAAAUGAUUUGUUGAGAAUUAUCAACAAAAUGGAAUCUUGUCAUGAGGGUGAUUUGCUGCACUUAUCUACAACUUUGAGAGGCUUGUCAGAAGAUACAGUCUUAUCUGACGAAACUUGCCUUGUGAAGAUUGAACUAAAGAUGUUUGCCAUCUACACUAUCCAUGUGUUGUACGAUGUACUGUACCAAGGAACAGAUAGUUCAAAUCCUGAUAGAGAAUUAUUUUACAAUGGGACAAUGAAGUAUGGUGUGCUAACAAUUUCUCAUUUCAUUGAAGCCAUGAUUAGAUUCAACAAGAUAUGUAUGGAAAAUUCAAAUACACCAGAAAUUUUUGUGUUGGUAGAGAUGUGUCAGUCACUUGUUGGUGUUUCCAAGAUUAUUUUUUUGAAAGUUUACACGUGUCUUUAUACUUUUGAACUGGUCAGGUUAGUUAAUAUCAAUACAGAUGCACAACCAACCUUACAACAGGUUUUCAGUUUAAGUAUUACGGAAAUUGAGAGGUUGAAAGUUGAUGAUCGUUCCAGUAUGUUGAACAUUUCGUUCAAAUCACCGGCAUUUAUGCACGCUUUAAUGACUUUAUCAUGCAAGUAUUUGUUGAAAUUGAGGAACAACUCCUUUGGGACUGUUUUUAGUAUGAAUUUUUGCCUGCUUACUGUUUUAGCAGUGUUUAAGUACUUUGAAAAAUUUAUUGAUCAAAAGUUUCACAAACAAAAACAUGCCAUUAAUCAGCUUACAAAAGAAAAACCAAUAAUUUCGGCAACUACAUUUACUGCUACAGAUGAUUCUUUCAAUGAUAUGGUUCAAAAGAUUUUAUACUCUGGUGAACUUGAUUUUUUUGACGUUCAGUAUGGUGAAAAUUUGAGUUACGAUGGGUUAGAUGAUGUGCUAGCUGGGACUGGUAUGUUUUAUGAUGAAUCAACGGGAAACUUUACAAGCAGUACAAGUCAUAAUGGACCUGAAUGA